UAAAAUUAAUUCAUUUUAUUUAUCCCGUGAAAAUAGGAAAAUAAAAAAAAAAAAAAAAAAAAAAAAAAAGAUCCAAACAUGGCAGUAGUAUAGUGCCCCUCCUCCUCGCUCAGAACGCUGCUGCUCUCUGCUCCAGCGUACAAUAAUUGCGUGUCCAACAAGAUUAGUCAGUCUAUUCACAGACUUUCUCUCACUAAAACCCUUACCCCAUUUCCCCAUGUUUUCUCUCUCCCUCUUCUCUCUCCAAUAAUGCCUCUCUCCGACCAUAUCACCGCCGUGGAUGGCGUUUCCUCCGCCGCCGAGCCGCCGCGCUACAGUGAGGAUAUUGACAGCACGUGCUCCACCCCAUUCGUCAGCGCUCCGUCCAGCCCCGGACACGCGCCGUCCGGCGGUUAUUUCUUCAGUGCUCCGGCCAGCCCAAUGCAUUACAUUCUCUCCAACGAGAAACUGAAAUCGUCGUCCUCCGAAUACGAGACUGUGUUUCUAUCUUCCGAUUCGGGUUCGUUCGAGUUCGAGUUCUCUUCCAGGUUCUCUCCCACCGGGUCGGGUGGUAACGGGUCCAUGAUUUCGGCCGACGAGCUGUUCUAUAACGGUCAGAUCCGACCCAUGAAGCUGUCCUCUCACUUGCAGAGACCACACGAUCAUGUUGCUUCCCAAUUUGUGGAUCUGUACAAUGAGGAUGCGAAUGUUAGAGGCAGAGAUCUGAGGGUUCGUACUACUAAAUACUCUCACCGGAAAGCCAGAUCUAUGUCGCCGUUUCGCACCGGCGGGGAGCACGGCUGGCAAGGCCUUAGAGCCGCCGCUGCUGCCGCCGCCUCCUCCUCUAACGAAGCGAAGGAAAACGAAUCCAACGAAACGACGCCGUCGUGCUCAGCAUCGUCGUCGCGGUCGUCGUCGUCGGGGAGGAACUCGAAGAAAUGGAUAUUCCUGAAGGAUCUUCUCCACAGGAGCAAAAGCGAGGGUAGAGCCAUUAACACAAAGGAGAGGUUCUGGUCGACGAUUUCGUUCUCUCCGGCGAAGGACAAGAAGAAAUCAUCUCCGUCGCCGGUUCUAUCGCCGUCGUCCUCGCGCGACGAGACGAGGAGCGGACGGAAAGUCCGGGCAGCAGGAAAACCAACUAACGGCGUAUGGAGACGCCGUGUUCCGCCGUCAGCACACGAGUUGCACUACACAGCAAACAGAGCUCAGGCGGAGGAGAUGAAGAAAAAGACGUUUCUACCCUACAGACAGGGGCUAUUGGGCUGCCUGGGUUUCAGCUCCAAGAGUUAUGGCGCUUUCACCGGUUUCACUAGAAAUCUCAACCCCAUUUCGUCCAGGUGAAAAAAUCCAAAUUUGAAUAUUUUUAAUUAUUUAUUAUAUUAUUCAGCUAAGCUUUUUAUGUAUAGUUUAUGAUCUCGUUCCCCCAUCUUCUCUUCUUCCAUGGAAAAAAGCUUCUUCAUAUAUGUAUAUGGGAGAAUGCUAUAAUUAAUCCGGUGAUGAUGGAUCACUUUAUCUUGAUGAUCUUAUAUUGUUUUCGGAUUAUGUUGUAAUUUUUCUAUUUAAUUAUUCCGUUAUGAAUUACGAUUGCUGCUCAAUAUAAUUAAUUAAUUAAUUAGCACGUACCCAUAAAUAAUUAAUUAAGUUGAUGUAAUCCAAGUUCUUCAUUAUUUAUGUGUAGAAUCGUUUUGAAAUUUGAUCCAAUAGAACUCUUGAUGCUU